AUGACACAUUCACUGGAUUUAAUGUACCAAUCACUAUCUCCAACUUUUUCUAAUAUGUUAUGUGCCUCUGUUGAUUCAUUUUGGGACGAAAAUGGCGGUUAUGGUGGUGGAAUAGGCCAAAUUGGCAAUGUAAUCACGACAUAUGCUUGUGUUUGCUUACAGUACAUAGCAGGAUUGAGUGGAUUGAAUUUAAGGAGGAAUGAUAUUUACAAAUUUCUGCGCCAAAGGAAACUAAAAAAUUGUGCCUUUCAAGUUCAUGAAAAUGGCGAAUAUGAUACGAGGUCAACAUUUUGCGCCAUAGCAACCGCAUCACUACUCAAUAUCUUGACCAAAGAAUUAACAGAAGGAGUGGAUCAAUACAUUGCAUCUUGCCAAUGUUAUGACGGUGGAAUUGCCGGUAAACCGAACCUGGAAUCUCAUGCUGCGUAUAGUUUCUGUGGCUUAGCAACUUUGUGUAUACUGGGCAAGCAUGAAGUUAUCAAUUUGGAUAAGUUUAAAAAGUGGUGUACUAAUAGAGUUAUGAAAACUGAGUUUGGUUUUCAGGGGAGGCCAAACAAAUUGGUUGACUCAUGCUACUCUUAUUGGAUUGGUGCCACUAUUUAUUUGCUCAACAAGCUGGAUAUAUUAUCUAAUGAUGAUUGUAAACGAAUACUAUCCUGGUCAAAAAUGUAUUUAUUGCUGAUUGCCCAGACUGAGUUUGGGUUUAGGGACAAGCCAGGCAAAGAUCCAGAUCUAUAUCAUACUUGUUAUUCCCUUUCUAGCCUAGCAUUGACCGAUGAGGUGUUGGGACAAGCUUGUAAGUUAUCGCCAAUAAACCCUUUACAUAUAUUAACUCAAUAUACUGUAGAUAGGGGUAAACAAGUACUGCAACUUGACAAGAGUUUUAAUGUUGAGAUGUGA